ACCUACUUUGUACAACCUUCAGCUCCAAAGAAACUUCACCACAGGAUUAAAUUUUAUGUAAACAAAGAUCCUUUUAUUUAUAACUCAGCUUCUCUGAAAAACAAGAAGCUCCAGUUUACAUGUUUGCAGUGCUUUAUUCAUGCUGAUUCCUCAACAUGUAAUUUUUUAAAAGUUUGUUGAUCUUGCAGAAUUGAAGCAGCAGUGAAUGGAGAUGGUGCAUGCAAAGGUAGAUCUAAGACAUAUCAAGAUUUAAAACAUCAAUAUCUUGAAACAAUCAGAAGAACAACAUGGGAGAAACUGAGAAAAGCAUUGAAACUCAUAGCAUAAGAUGUCUUUCCAAGGUGAAGAUGUUUCUGUUGGCAUUAACAUGUGCAUAUGUAUCCAAAACAUUAUCUGGAUCUUACAUGAAUUCCAUGCUCACACAAAUAGAGAGACAAUUCAAUAUCCCGACAUCUCUAGUUGGAUUUAUUAAUGGGAGCUUUGAGAUUGGAAAUCUUUUGUUGAUUAUAUUUGUGAGCUAUUUUGGAACUAAACUGCAUAGGCCUAUAAUGAUUGGUGUCGGAUGUACAGUUAUGGGAUUAGGUUGUUUCUUAAUAUCGCUACCUCAUUUUCUCAUGGACCAAUAUGAAUAUGAAUCUACAGUUUCAGUUUCAAGCAACUUGUCCUCAAACAGUUUCUUAUGUACGGAAUAUGGAACUGAGACUUCAAGACCAACACAAGAUCCAGCAGAGUGUGUGAAAGAAGUUAAAUCCUUCAUGUGGGUGUAUGUACUAAUGGGAAAUAUUAUACGUGGAAUGGGUGAGACACCCAUCAUGCCUUUGGGUAUUUCCUAUAUAGAAGAUUUUUCCAAAUCUGAAAACUCUCCAUUAUAUAUUGGGUUUAUAGAAACAGGAACUAUCAUUGGUCCUUUGAUUGGGCUUUUGUUAGCAUCAUUCUGUGCAAACCUUUAUGUAGACAUGGGAUCUGUAAACACAGAUGAUCUGACCAUAACUCCCACUGAUACUCGUUGGGUUGGUGCAUGGUGGUUUGGCUUUUUGAUUUGUGCAGGAGUGAAUGUCCUCACUGCCAUUCCUUUUUUCUUUUUGCCCAAAACACUUCCAAAGGAAGGACUAGAGGAUAAUCCUGACAUCAUUAAAAAUGACAAAGAGGAAAAACAUAGAGAAGAACUCAAGAAGAAAAAGCAGGGAAUCACUAAAGAUUUUUUACCAUUCAUGAAAAGUCUGUCGUGCAAUCCAAUUUACAUGCUUUUCAUACUUAUAAGUGUGCUGCAGUUCAAUGCAUUUAUUAAUAUGUUCUCCUUCAUGCCUAAAUAUCUGGAACAGCAGUAUGGAAAAUCAACAGCAGAAGCAAUCUUUCUCAUUGGUAUUUAUAAUUUACCUCCAAUAUGCAUUGGAUAUAUAGUUGGUGGCUUAAUUAUGAAGAAGUUCAAGAUUACUGUAAAGCAAGCUGCCCACAUAGCAUUUUGGUUAUCCAUAUUUGAGUACCUUCUCUAUUUUUUAUCUUUUCUCAUGACCUGUGAUAAUUCUCCAGUUGCUGGCAUAACUACUUCUUAUGAAGGAAUUCAACAAGAGUUAUAUGUGGGAAAUAAGGUCCUUGCUGACUGCAAUAAAGGUUGCAACUGUCCAACUAAAAUAUGGGAUCCUGUGUGUGGAGACAAUGAUUUAUCGUAUAUGUCAGCUUGCCUUGCUGGUUGUGAAACAUCUGUUGGAACUGGACUGAGCAUGGUGUUUCAAAACUGUAGCUGCAUUCAAACAUCAGGAAAUGCAUCUGCAGUGCUCGGGUUGUGCUACAAAGGCUAUGACUGUUCCUUGAUGCUCCAGUACUUCUUAAUCUUGUCAACAGUUUGCAGUUUCAUUUAUUCUUUAGCGGCCAUUCCUGGUUAUAUGGUUCUCCUGAGGUGCAUCAAGUCUGAAGAGAAGUCUCUUGGCGUGGGAGUACAUGCAUUUUGCACAAGAAUAUUUGCGGGCAUUCCAGCACCUAUAUAUUUUGGAGCUUUAGUGGACUCUACCUGUUUACAUUGGGGAACUUUGAAAUGUGGUAAGCCAGGGGCAUGCAGACUGUAUGAUGCAACCAACUUCAGGCACAUCUACCUUGGAUUGCCUGCAGGAGUACGAGGAUUAAGCUUUUUGCCAGCCUUCUUGACCCUAACUCUUUUGAGUAAACGUCAUCUACCUGGUGAAAAUGAUUCUGCGGGAACUGAGCUUGCAGACACAAAGGUCACAGAGAAGGAGAAUGAGUGCAAAGACGGACACAAAAAUUCCAAGGUCUUGAAUGAUGAAGAAUUGAAAACAAAACUAUAAUGCCCUAUUCUAUCAGCCUUCCUAGAGUUGGAGGACACAUUGUACAACUUAAUUAUUUUCAAAUCAUUAGAGAGACUGCAGGUAACUUUUUCUUUUCUUUAAGAACCUCAAAAACAUUUUGUUAAGAUAAAAAUAUUCACUGAAAAUAUUUCUAAAAUGUCACAACAUCACUUGAUUUUCCUAGGAGACCCAUGACAAAUGACUAAAUGGGACUUUAGAGUUAGCUUUAUUUUUAUCUUAAAAUAGCAAUUUGUCUUUUAACUCACCAAAGAAAGGGUAUGUUUUCCACAUCACUUUUUGCAAAUACUUCUAAAUGAUUUCUAUUCUGGAAGUCCACUUAAUCUUACUGUGUUUUGAUACUGGGAUUUUUCAGAACCUGAAAUAUCAUCCUGCUUAUAUGAAGACUGAAAUAUUCUAUCCAAAUUUAUCACUUCCGUGUAAACAAGUCCUACAUUUCUUAUUCUACUUAGGAAUUGUUCUUACAUUCUUAUUCAUUCUAGGCAUGAUUCUGAAAAUAGAUUAUUCAUUAAUAUUUUUUGUUUUAAAUUCUCAACUUUAUUACUCAUGUCAUAUAUUUGCUCAUUUUCUUCAGAGGACUGACAAAUGUAACCAAGUUAUUAAAAUAUUGUAUCAAAGAUGGUUGGGUUUUUAGAAACUCAAAUUUCUUAAGUAAAUUUUUUCUUAAAGACAAAUAUCUGAAUCAAAGGAUAAAAGGACAAUGUGAUAAUGACUUUAAAUGCAAUCUUUAGUGUUAGACAUUGUCAAAGGACCACUUUCCCAGAAUCAGACAGCUUUUUAGACCAAUGUACAUGCUAGCCAUUGUGCCUUAAGUUAAAACACAAACACUAACUUCCGAAAAUCAUCCUAGAGAAUGAAACUUUUAAAAAGUAUCUUCUGUUAUGAAACUAAGACUAAUAAAACUCAAGAUACACUUUAAAAACUAAAUUUACUUGUAUUAUCAUUUUAUAUCUUAUGGGUACAAAGGAAAAGAUUGUAGAGAUACAAGAAGACUUAGAGACCAUAUAGAAGUGCUAUGGUUCAAAACAAAAGAAUGUAAGAUAUGUUUCUGUUUGUGUGCUCCCAUUCUUCCCUCUGAAAUGAAAGCCAGUAUAUUAAAAUCCCUAAUAGUGAAGAGAAUAUAUGAAAGAAUGGUAGGAGAAGUGGUAGUUAAUAUACUACAGAUUUUUAUGUGUUCUAUACUGAGAUAGCACUGAAGACCCUGGGAAGGUAUAAUCCCCAAAGCACUUACAAAUAACUUGGAAUAUCAGUGGGAGAGUCUGGGCUGUAGGCUCUAGGACUAUGAGUUAGUAGCUGGACAGUGUGCUAGUCAGCUUUCCAUUUCUGUAGCAAACACCUGAGAUACAUAUCCUUAAAAAGUGGAAAAUUUUAUUUUGACUUACAAAUUUAGUAAAAAAUUUAGUAAGUCAAUUUUGACUUACCACCUUUUUGGAGGUUUCAGUCCAUGGCCACUUGAUCUUAUGGGUCUGGGCCUGUAACAAGGAAUAGGAGAAGAAAGCUGCACAAUUCACUUCAGAUGUGAAUGAGAGAGAGAGAGAGAACACAACCACAAGGACCUCCUUUCCUCCUGCUAGGUCUCACCUCGUAAAGAAACAAGGAUCAAGCAUUUAACACAUGGACAUUUGAGGGUCAUUUAAGGUCCAAACUAUGGCCAACAGAAGCAAGCUAUUUAAAACUUGUACAUUCUACAAAUAUUUUUCAGGCCAGUAAGAUUUCCUAAAUGAUUGGGUAUGUUCUAUUUUUAAAAAAAGAUUACAAAGAGACUGGAACAGAUCUUGGGAUUUAAAUAUACUUAAAUUUCAGGCUUGUGAAAUUUGAGACUUCAUGCCUGGCUGUAUUGAAAAAUAACAAAAUUCAAGGCAGGAAGGGGUAGUAUUGAAACAUGAAAGAGGAUCAAAGAUCAUUGGGAAAGACCUGUAGUUGGCAUGACUGUAGCAGGGAAGUAUACUAUUACUGUCUGAUGAUGUGCAAUAUAGGCUUCUUUAGGGGUUCAAGAGGGUGGAGAGAAGAGUCUGGAAACCAAAAUGAAGAGCAAGGUCUUACCCUACACCCAGAGAUUCAUGAGAACAUGUGAACAGCCACUACAUGAGGGAGUUUUGGGCAAACGUGAUUUUGCUUAGUGUGCAAUGGUGAAGAAAAUGCUCAUUUGUGAGUUUGAAGAUAUACAAGGUUUUGGUAAUGGCAGUCUGUGAAUUGUAGAGGACACAGUGAAUGAAUGUGGGAAAACUUCAGGAGCUGGAGUCUGGAAGAAAAACUAAACAACAAGAUGGAAAAGGAAAUUAGGUGUAUGAAUAUUAGGAGAAGGAGAAUGAAGAAUCGCCAUUUUGACUACAUUCGUUCUGCUUCUCAAGAACAGUGAUAUCUUAAUUUUCUGAUGCCCUGGUUGGUCUCUUUUUUCAGAGUACUGUAGUUUUGGUUGUAGAGGGCUUUUGCUUCCUUGAUUAGGUUACUUUGUUGAUACUUAACUUUUAUUUGUGGUAUUGUGAAUAGUAUUUUUCCUCAGUAAGUUCAUUAUUGGUAUAUCAGAAUGCUAUUGAUUUUUCAUGAUGAUUUUGUAUCCUGCUACAUUGAUGAAUUUUGUUAUUAAUUCCAGGAGUCUUUUGGUGGAAUUUUUGGAUCUUCUAUGUAGAAGAUUAUAUCAACUGCAAAUAAUGAUAAUUUUAGUUCUUCCUUUCCUAUAAAUAUACAUUGUAUUUCUUUUUAUUGCCUAAUUACUUUUUCUAAUAUUUCAGAAGUGUGAUAAUGGAUAUCUUUGUCUUGAUCGUGAUUUUAGAGGGAAAUUUUUCAGGUUUUUCUGAAUUAAUAUGAUGUUGGCAAUAGAUUAGUCAUAAAUGGUUGUAUUAAAUUGAGAUAGUUUUUCAAUACCUAUUUUCUUUGUUUUUUUUAUAAUGAAUGAAUAUUAGAUUUUGUCAUAGGCUUUUUCUGCAUUUAUUGAGAUGAUUAUGUGAUUUUUUCCCCUUGCUUCUGCUUAUAUGGUGUAUUGGAUUUACUGACUUGCUUAUAUAUUGAACCAUCCUUGCAUACAUAAAUUGAGGCUUCUUUGUUC